UUAGCUUAACCUUGGAUAGCACCGUCUCGUCUACUUCCCCUCUCACCACCGAUAAUUGUCAUCUUCUAGCUCACAGGUACGCUCUGGUAAGACGCAAACAUCAGUUGUGCUUCUUAGUCAAGACUCAAUUACAACUAAUGCUUUCUCACCCACUUCGCUCUUAUGUCAUUAUCAACUAGACACCGAUUUCCAUUAUGCUGGAUCUGUUCAUAUUAAACGAUGCCCAAAACCAACGCGCGUCUGCGCAGCUCUCGUCGUGCUCCUUCGCUGAAAGAUGGCGAUAUCGAUCAUGAAAUUAGUCUGGUUGACCACUCAGCACCGAUCGAAGCACCUCAGUCUCCUACCCCCGAAACGGCCAAUGAUAUCGACGCGUCUAUUUCAAACCAACCCCUAAUUUCAUCCGAUAGCAAAGCUCCGUCUACCCAGCCUCCUGAAGCGGGAGAUGUCCAACCGAAAAACAGUGACCCCGACGAGGCAGGUCCCUCGGGCGAACGUGAUACCUCUCAAGCUUCUGCACAGGAUGCCGACGGCUCGGUGAUCGGGAAAAAGCCCAUCUCGAAAGAGAAUGGCCUGAAGAAGACUCUUAGCAAAAAUAAGCCCCAUCCGCGUCCGUCUAAAGAGGCCGAAACAGAAAUUGAUAUACUGUACGAGAACCAACGUGGGGGGUUCCUUUGUGGCAUCCCUCUAUUCUCUUCCGCGGCGUUGGGCAACUUGGAUCCCCCACCUUGGACCAACUUUGUUCACAGGCCGAGCCCGACAGGCAUAGAUACAGCCCAAGUGCCGGACCCGAGCUGGGAAUGGGCCUGGCCUGAGUGGCGCAUAAAUCGGGACGAGACUAUACAGACCGACAGUGACGGCUGGGAGUACUCGUUUAUGUUCUUUAAGAAAUUCUCGUGGCAUGGCCCUAAGUGGUACAAUUCAUUCGUGCGGAGGAGGGCUUGGAUCAGAAGACGAAUAAAAAAGGGUCACGGAUAUCAGACGAACGACCCACACAUGAGCCAUGAGUAUUUCUCAAUAACUCCUGCGAAAAUGGAGACAGGACGAACGAGUGUCAAUCAGAUGGCAGCUCGAGUAUCCCAGGAAACGUCCCGGAAAUCGAGAGAUACUAGGCAGGAUGAAGAUGGCGCAGUAGCUAUGGUGGACAUAACGACAACCGACGAGCUGAUGCUAAUUUUGAGGAAGUCCCGCAUCGACCGAGAGAAGCUCGAGGCCAUAGAAAACUGCAUUGAGCAUUGCACAGAUGAUUUGCAGAAAUUGCAAGACUACAUGCACGAGAUCAUGUCUUUGUUUGUGUUCCAGGCAACCCGGAAGCUUCUCUUAGCACGGCUCAUACAACUUCACGACGAUCAAGUGGAGUCAGAACAGAAAGGGACGUCUCUUGCUACGCAACAAAGGGCCGAAAACCUGGCCGCGGCUAUUAAGCACGCCGACGAGGAAGUCCGAAGGCUAGAAUAUUGGAGCGAUAUCAAAGGGAUGGCAGAGAGUGGCGAGUCUAGAGGUGCUGUGGACUGCGGGAAAGGAUGGGAUCGUGACUGGGCAGGCCUCGACAAGAGUGGUCCAAGAGGCGUUAGGGGGGACGACAAGCUUCCGUAAUGGGUUUUAUCUGCUUUAUCAUAAACAUACCACAGCAUUAUGCAUGGGGUUCGGGAGCAAACGGUUUUUAUCUGGGAUACUAUUCGUAAGGUGUUAUCGGUUGGGCAGGAGAUAAAUAUGCCGUACUACAUAAUAUAUCGAAAUCAGCCCCGACAGACUAUCGUCUACUAUUUGAGGUUUUUGGCGGAUUAUCAAUUCAAAGGCUAGCUGCUUGCCUCGGGGGGCGCACAGGGGCUUGGCUUACCUACUUCGAGGAAGGAUGCCAAUGCGGUGCUAUCACCGAUCCACGAGUCAGUAAAUAAUAUAAAUGAUAAACAAGGAGGCGAAUAUAAAUACAUAGAUACCCGAUUCCUACACAC